GUUUCGAAGUACAAUUGACACGGUGCGGAAGAGUUGGUUUGCAUUUGUGAAACAUGAAGAUAUUAAUUUGUGGAGCGCUGGUCUUCAGUGCCUUACUGGCAUUGGGUAAGGCUUUGCCGGCGGAGGAAAGUGAACCGCAGAUGAUCGAAGAUGGACCUGCUGUGGAUCGAGUUAAGCGACAGGGUCUGUUGGGAGCAUUGCUAGGAGUAGGCCAAGGAGGUCUGGGUGCACCUGGCUAUGGAGGUUACGGAGGAUACGGAGGACAAAGUGGAUAUGGAGGAUAUGGGGGACACGGAGGACAAGGGGGAUAUGGAGGACAUGGUGGACAUGGAGGACAAGGUGGAUAUGGUGGACAUGGUGGACACGGAGGACAAGGUGGAUAUGGUGGAUAUGGUGGACAUGGCAAUCAAGGUGGUUACGGUGGUCAUGGAAAUCAAGGUGGUUACGGUGGUCAUGGAAAUCAAGGUGGUUACGGUGGUCAUGGAGGACAUGGCAAUGGAUACGGACACGGACACGGAGGUCACGGAAGUAAUGGUGGACAUGGCUACGAGCAUGGACAUGGACAUCAUGGAGGUUAAACCAAAGAAUCUCAAAUGUAACCUGAUUAGAAAAGUAGCUCUAAUGUAAAUGUAAUAAACGCGUUGAAUGUUGU